UAUUAACUCGUUUUCCAAGGACAACGAGGCAUUAACUCGUUACGGGCAUUUUUUUACGGCUAAGAGGGAAAUGGAAGAGAGAGGAGAGGAGGCGGCGGAGGAAAAGGAAAAGCAAGGUCCGGAAACGACGUCGGGCGCGGCGGAGGAGGCGGACGAUGUAACUCUGGCGGAGCUGUCGCUGUCCAGAAUGCCCAAGUUAAAGCCCAAGCACAAGCCCAAGCCCAAGCCCAAGCCCAUGCCCAUGCCCAAGUCCAAUCUCAAUCCCGAUUCAAAUUCCAUCGUGCCCAUUUCUUCCUCAUCGCCCAAGCCAAUAGAGAAAAAAUCAAAAAACAAGAAGGAGAAUGCGGUUUCCAAAUUUAAUAACAGUGAUGUAUUGAGUGUGAAUCACGUAGAGAUGAUUGCAAGCUGUAGAAUAGGUAAGCACACAUUUGAUGGACGUGGUGGAGCCUUGUCGUCUGCUUUGAUACGAGCAGAAGAAGUUCAGUCAAAUCUACAACAUGAAUACCCUAGCUUUGUCAAAUCAUUGGUCAGAUCACAUGUUGCUAGUUGUUUUUGGAUGGGGCUUCCAGGAAAGUUCUGUAAGGCUCAUUUACCAGAUAAGGAUACUGCGAUCACUUUGGAAGAUGAAGGUGGAAAACAAUAUGUAUUGAAAUACAUUGCAUACAAGACAGGAUUGAGUGCUGGCUGGAGACAGUUUUCUGCUGCACACAAUUUGCUCGAGGGAGAUGUUUUGGUCUUCCAAUUAGUUGAACCUACCAAAUUUAAGGUUUACAUAAUACGGCCAAAUGAUUUUACUGAAGUGGAUGGGGCUCUUGGCCUCCUAACUUUGGAUGCUCAGACAAAACAAAAUGAUGCAGAUAAGUAUAAUGCGGAGAUAGGUACAAUAGCUUCCAGUAAUACAGACAAGAAACGGCCAACAACUCUUCCUAAUUAUGUUGUCAAGAGGAAGAAGAAAAGGUCUGGCCUGCAAAGAUCCAUACCAUACCUCAGGCAGCUAGCAGAACAAUCUGAAAAUGAUAGUGAAGAGGUUGGUUCAGAAGUUUUGGAAGGCUCUAAGUUGUCUGGGCCACCUGUUCAAUUCAAAGACAUCAAAAGUUUUGUGCGUUUCAACAUUCUAGUAGAUGGAAUGCCCAUAGAUUCUGAGUUGUCGGAGGAUAUACGGAGGAAAUACUUCAAGCUCUGCAACAGUCAGAAUGCAUUUCUUCAUGACAGUCUAGUCAAGGGCAUUAAUUAUAAUUUGAUUGUUGGAAUUAUUUUAGAGACUGUUAAUAUUGCCGAUGCCAUAAAAGCUAGCAAGCUUACCACCACUCGGGAAGAAUUUUCUAGUUGGGACCAGACUUUGAAAGCCUUUGAGCAAUUGGGUAUGAAUGUUAGAUUCUUACGUUCUCGGCUACGACGGAUUAUAAGCCUUGCCUAUGAAUCGGAAGGUGCCAAAAGCACAAGGACCUACUUAGAAGCUCAAAAUGAACAAAGUCGCACAGAAGAUGAGAUAAGGAAUAUUGAAGGAAAACUUGCGGAAUUAAAGGAGGCCUGUGAUGGAUUCGGUGCUUAUAUUGAGAGCCUUAAGUCAAAAUCUGCACUCUAUGAGCACAAAUUCCGGCAAGAGGUUACUGCUCCCUGGUGACAUCGUCCACUUGCUAAUGUGAUAAUGCCUUCAAAGCUAGUAAUAUCUUGCCAUGCCACAGUCUUAGCACUUCUUGGUGUUUCCAGAUUUCAAAUCUCUCAUUCCCACAUAUGUUAUUAUAAAAAAAAAAUAUAUAUAUAUAUAUAUAUCUUGCUAUGGUAGGCUUUGUGACAAUGAGUUUUUAUGAUAUUUAGUGGGUUAAACGUCCAGGAAACUUGCCCAAACUCUGGUCUGGAAUCUAUUGUUGUAGGACGAAAAUUUUCUCA